AUGAGUGGCACCGCAUACUCUUACAAUGAGCCUUCUGCAUCUGGCCUGGAACCCGUUGAUGCAAUGCAAUGCCCGAAACUUAUAGGGUUUCCUUCAACCACCUCCAACUACUUCUUGCAGUGUCACAUUAGGGAUAAUUGGAACCUGAUUUCUGUACCCGUUGUCCCACUGUGGGAAUUUCAAUCUUUCCGCAGCAGAAACCUGGGAUCCUUCGGAUCCCACCCAUUUCAAAUACGGUUAUCUUCAAAUCAAUCAAAUGACCACUCGGGAGAACUACAACUUACCACUGUGGUUACUCUUGUGAUCGACCAACAUUUAAAGACGUCAUUGGGACCAACUCACCUAGGCUUGAGCUGGGGUUCUACACAAGAGCUCAUUGCAGAAGAACGACUGUUGGAACUUCUCGAAACAUGA